GCCCCGAAAGCGAUGUGCAAAUCGGCAAUUGAACCGCACAGCCACGCAGCGCUCAGUCCGGACAUUUAGAAGACCCCGCCGCAUCGUUUGGGCAGCCCUUUUGGUUAAGAAGGCUAGCCCGCCAGACCAUGCAUACGAGAAUGGGCAGCCCCACCACCUGGGGCGUGCUCCUCUACGCCAUCGGCGCGACGGCCCAACAACCGACGGGCCUCUUCAGCGACGCGUCGGCCUGCGGCAAGUUAUCCAAAACCUGCGACGCCCUCGCCAGCGCGCGGGCCGUCUACGUGCACGACGACGGCCGCGCGCACGCGAUGGGCGUCCUGCCGGACGGCACGGUCUGGACGACGCACGGGAGCUACGACGGGACGAGCGAGCUGGCCCUGGACUGGUCACACAUUGAUGGUACGGAGUCGAGGAAGGCGACCUGGGACGGCGACGUGCUACGGUGGGAGGGCGGCGGCGAGUGGCGGCGGCGGGAGGCGGGCUUCGCCGCUGUGAAGGUAGAGGGGGACCAGCCCUUCGACGGCGUCUACGCGACGGAGGAUUGGGACGGGGGCCUCGCGGGUUUGAGGGUCGUUUCAAGAAGGAGCGGGAGAAUCAAGGGCGUGUCCGUGACCGUCGUCGGCACGGACGAUGGUGUGAAAUUCUUCGAGUUGGUGGGGGCCUUCCGGGGCUGGCCCAAGUCGUCGGAGAGCUUUUUUAUGGAUUUUGGGCCGAUCGGCGGCGUGGCCGGCUGGGACGGCAUCCACACGUUCGACGGCUCGGGGUCGUUGAUUUUUCCGGACGGGGAGCGGUGGUACAAGCUGCGGGAUAGGAAGGAGGGGGAGCUUUAGUUUUUGUGAAGUG